AUGAGCAACGGCGCGACGAGUGCGGACGCGAAGAGUGGCGAUGGCAGGGCGAGCGACGGCGGUCGCGAUCACGCGAUGAGCCGCGGCGGGAUGAGCUGCGACGGCGCGACGAGCGUUGGCAAGGCGAGCAAUGGCCGCACCACGGGCGGCAUGACGAGCGGCGCGGCUACAACGACUCUUGGUGCAGUGGUCGCGAGCAGCGAAGGCCCGCUGAGCCACAAUGGCCCGCUGAGCGAUGGCGCGACGAGCCAUGGCGAGGCGAGCAACGGCCGCAUCAUGACGGGCGGCAUGACGAGCGGCGCGGCUUCGACGAUCGGGGCAGAGGCGAGCGCGAGCGCGACUGGCACGAUCGGCGCGAUGACCGGCGCGAUGACCGCCGCGGCGAGGGGCAGCCUCAGCACAGCGGUCGACCCUCGGAAGCUGACCACUUUGAUAAGCCAGGCUGGCAGCGCUGACGCAUUGCUCGCGCUCUCUGCUGCCCACAGCACGAGCUUAAACCACAUCCACGCUGCGAACCUGUGGAACAAACUGGGCAAGCAGCGCAUCGAGCGGCCGCACGAGGAGCGGCUUGAGGAGCUGGCGUUGCUUGCCGACUGCUCGCGCGUGAUCAGCGACUCGCUCGCGCGGGAUCCGUCGAGGUGGAGCGAGCCGGGCCGCCGUCAGCUGCACCAGUGGCAGCUCUGGCUCUCUCUUGAGCGAGGCGAAGACGGCCAGCAGCAUCUUCUCCCCGCCUCUGAGCGCAAGCUCUGCUGCGACGCUAUGCAAGACACGCAGGUGACGAUCUCUGAGUUCCAACGCUCCGUCGCGGCUGCCCUCGCCGCCGUCCGCUCCGGCUUCGAGGAGGAGCAUCUCGAGCUGCGCACCGGCUACUCGCUCGACCUGGCGCUGCCCUCGUCACGCGCCGCGGUCGAGGUGGACGGCCCCUCUCACUUCCUGCUGCCCGACGGCCGGGGCGUGCGCAGACCCAAUGGGCCGACGCUGCUCAAGCGGCGCCUCCUCGCGGCGGCUGGCUGGAGGGUGAUCAGCGUUCCAUUCUACGAGUGGGACGGCUUCGCGACGGCCAAGGAGCGGCAAACCUACCUGCAGGGGGCGGUCGCCCCGCUGUUGGGGUAG